CGGGGUUCCAGGCGCACCGUGCUGCGCGGGGUUCCAGGAGCACGGGCCGCGGGGUCCGAGGGGAGGCCUUUGGCUCGGCCGCCCGUGAAGGCGUGUUGGCGGCGUCGCCGGCCAUGGAUUACCGGCGGGUGCUGAUGAGCCGCGUGGUGCCCGGGCAGUUCGACGACGCGGAGCCGUCGGACAGUGCAGUCCUGGACUUGAGGACAGUUGAAGGGAAUGGUGGUAUUCUGUUGGAAGACUAUGAAGACAGCGCGGAGGAGAGGAGCGACUGUGAGACGGAAGAGGAGGAGGAUGUGGCCUGGGACUGGGAUGAGGGAGCGGGCAGGCUGUCCAGGGCCUGCGCAGGGCGUAACCCACAGGCAAAUCGACAGACCUCCAGUUGCGCUUCAGCCAAAAUGUCUACUCCAGCUGACAAAGUCUUACGGAAAUUUGAGAAUAAAAUUAAUCUAGAUCGACUGCACGUCACAGACUCUGUGAUCAACAGGGUCACUGAGAAGUCAAGACAGAAGGAAGCGGACAUGUACCGCAUCAAAGACAAGGCUGACAGAGCGACCGUGGAGCAGGUUUUGGAUCCCAGAACGAGGAUGAUCUUGUUUAAGAUGUUGACUAGAGGAGUCAUUUCAGAGAUCAACGGCUGUAUUAGCACGGGGAAAGAGGCUAAUGUGUACCAUGCCAGCACAGCAGAAGGAGAGAGCAGAGCCAUCAAAAUCUACAAGACCUCCAUUCUGGUGUUCAAGGACCGGGACAAGUAUGUCAGUGGGGAGUUCAGAUUUCGCCAUGGCUAUUGUAAAGGAAAUCCUCGAAAAAUGGUGAAAACGUGGGCAGAAAAAGAAAUGAGGAACUUAAUCAGGCUCAACACAGCAGGGAUACCGUGUCCAGAGCCAGUCAUGCUCAGGAGCCAUGUUCUCGUCAUGGGUUUCAUUGGUAAAGGUGACAUGCCGGCCCCGCUCUUGAAGAACGUGCAGCUCUCCGAGUCCAAGGCCCGCGAGCUGUACCUGCAGGUCAUUGAGUACAUGCGGAGGAUGUAUCAGGACGCCAGGCUCGUGCACGCCGAUCUCAGUGAAUUCAACAUGCUGUACCAUGCUGGGGGUGUGUACCUCAUUGAUGUGUCUCAGUCCGUGGAGCACGACCACCCGCAUGCCUUGGAGUUCCUGAGAAAAGACUGCGCCAAUGUCAACGAUUUCUUCCUGAAGCACAGCGUCGCUGUCAUGACCGUGCGGGAGCUCUUCGAGUUUGUCACAGACCCGUCCAUUACGCAUGACAACAUGGACGCCUACCUCGCAAAGGCCAUGGAGGUGGCAUCUCAGAGGACCAAGGAGGAGCGGUCUAACCAGGACCACGUGGAUGAAGAGGUGUUUAAGAGAGCAUAUAUUCCUAGAACCUUGAACGAAGUGAAAAACUAUGAAAGGGAUGUGGAUGUAAUGAUGAAAUUGAAGGAAGAGGACAUGGCCUUGAAUGCUCAGCAAGAUAAUAUUCUAUACCAGACUGUCACUGGACUGAAGAAGGAUCUCUCGGGCGUUCAGGAGGUGCCAGCACUCCUUGAGAACCAAGCUCCAGAAAAGGCUUGCUCGGACUCGGAAGAUGCCGGCAGCUCUGGGAGCUCCGACACGGACUCCGAGGAGCAGGGAGACCACGCCCACUGCAGGAAACCCACCGCGGACCCGCAGAUGGAUAAGAAGGAAAGAAAAAAGGUGGUCAAGGAAGCCCAGAGAGAGAAAAGGAAAAACAAAAUUCCGAAACAUGUAAAGAGGAGGAAGGAGAAGAUGGCCAAAACCAAGAAGGGCAGAUAGCCUGCAGCCUGUGUGCAAGCGCUGUCCGUCCCCCCGUCCGCCUCCGGACACGCAGCUGCCUGUGGCAGGCGGCUUGCUGACCGUGCUCCAGCCAUUGCGUCCUGAGCACUGUGUCCACGGUCACUUGGUGUUGACGAAGGAGUUCCUUCAGCUACUAACGUGCUUAUUUUUAUGGUUUUUAUUCUGCAGAAUCAUCUCUGGGAGCAUGCUAAAUGUUGGAUUGUGGUAGCAUCCUAACCUUUAUGAGUAUGUGGGUCCAGUCAACCCUGGGAGCUGGUCUUGGCUUUCUGUGUAAUGGGCAGAGCCAGGAGUUCUGCUUUUAGGGGGCGUCCAGCCGGCCAUUGGUGUGCUCCUUCAUUGAACCUCCCUUGGGUUUACAGGUGGUCUUUUGUGAUGGACUCAUAUUGCACAUUUUUUUUUAUCUUUUU